UGGCACAAUUUAAUACGGAUUAUUAUAUUUUUAUUUGCUUCUACAUUACAUUAUACGAACGCAUUUCGUUUUUGGAAUCCAAAAUAUUCGUUUCAUACCGUUUUCACUAGUGUGACCUCCUGAUUUUGGAACUAGUACAUUAUUGUUGAAUGUUUUGAUAUGAUAACUCGUCACGUCGGAUUAAUGUUAGCCAGGAAACGUGCAUCUAGAACUAAAUAUUUAUCAUAAUUUAUAAUACCUAAGCUAAAAGACAACUGCUAUGUGCAAUGGAAACGUUACCGCCCGAGAUAAUCACGGAAAUCCUGGAAUACCUGUCGUUCGACGACCGGCGCCGGAUGGCCCUGGUCAACAGGACGUUCCGGUACGCGUCCCUGCACCCGGCGCUGUCGCGACGAGAGCAGUUCGUGUACACCGCACCGGUGCACCGGCUGCGGGCGGACGACCGGCGGCGGCGGUUCGAGGACUUUAAAAAAUCGUUGCGCGAGCCCCGCAGGAAACGGCUGUGCCUGAAGUUCGCCGGCACGAACCGCGCGGACAUCGGCCGGGUGUUCGGCGCCGGCGCCGGUUGGCCGCCGUCCGUCGUGUCGCUGCACCUGGACGGCCAGAGCCGCCUGUCCGACUCGUUCCUGGACGCGAUCACCGACCGCUGCGCCGCCCUGGAGGAGCUGCGCCUGGAGAACAUCGGCCGGCUGUGCGUGGCCGUCAAGCCCCGGCGGCCGAUGCUCGCGCUGCGCACAGUCCGCUUGCACCGGGUGGGCGUGUCCGACGGGUGUUUCGACGUGUUGAUGGGUUGCGCGCCGAACGCGUCGGACGUGUGCAUCGACAACUGUCAGACCUACGAGUGGCUUGAUCCCGCGGACGCGGCCGCCGCGGGCAUUUCCAACGCCGGCCUGUCGGACGCCCACAUCGUCGGCUACUUGCAGGGCGCCGCGGCCGGCACCUUGGACAGCCUCCGGUUGAAUCAGUGCUGUCACGUGUUCGGCGCCGUCCGGUCCCGGGUCCUUCGGCUCAAGUCCCUCCUUUUGAGCCAGGACAAACCGUACUUAAACACUUGCCGGCCCAUCGACUACGACAGACUGGAAUUGGCGUUGGCCCUACAGGUGUCGCUGCAGUGGCUGGAAAUCAAUUACCUCCCGGCACGUCUGCUCGCGGCCGUGUCCGGGCUGCACGGUCUCCGGCACUUGACGUUGAACUUGACUAUUGGCCGCGACGACGUGAGAUUUCUGCGAGAAUUUUCGGAAUCGUUACGUGACAUGAAACGUAUCGGGACUUUGGCCGUAAACCGAGUGGUCACGACGUCGGCGGACGAAGGACGCGAGGCUCUACUCCAGACGUUCGCGAUACCGGAAUGCGCCUACGAGUCCUUGACGUCCUUGGACUGUUCGCUGGACGGCAGUCUGUGCGCACUGCGCGCCGGCAAACGGUUGUCCAGCUUACGGAUUCGAAACGGCGACGUCCUUUCGGCCGACGGUUUGCGACUGUUGUUCGAAAACCUCGUCGGUUUGAGACGUCUGUGGAUCGACAACUGCGUCUGGCUGGACGACGAAGUCAUGUCCGGCUUGCCGGUGUCUAAUCUCAGAGGAUUGGUUUCCCUAAAGAUAUUCAACGCAAAUUUGACAUACCGAUGUUUGCCGUACAUUAAACUUUUGCAUUUAAACGUCUUGAUCAUCGACAAUAUGUCAUUAGAACCGUGCAUUGCGUUGAACGAUUUAUCCGAUUUCAAUUAUUGUUUAAAAACAUUUGGUUGUUCUGUUCCCGCUUUAACUCAACUAGAAUUACAACUGUAUUGUAAUCAAACAAUGUUCAAAAAGUUACGUUUCGAAACACUAUUUUAUAGCAACACGAAAAUUGCAUUCAAGUCUUAUUUUAAAAUACUGAAAAGACUGGUACUACUGUAUAGGUACACUUAACAAUAAACUUAGUUUAUGUUUAUA